CUUCCUAACCAACGUAACAUUGUAGAAUUUUUUUAAUAAUUUCCGAAUGAAGUCUGUUAUAUUAAGAGUAUGCAAAAAUUACAACUUACUUUGGCAAUUAUUAAACCGCACGCUGUUAAAAAUCCAGUAGCACUUUCUUAUAUUAGACAUGUUAUGAAAAAUAAAUUUAUUGUUAUUAAAACAAAAAGAGUUUCUUUGGACAUCGAGAGUGCUAGUAAAUUUUAUAAGGAGCAUGUUGGAAAAUUCUUUUACCAACGCCUCAUUACUUUCAUGGCGAGUGGUUACAUAGACCUACAUGUAAUGGGACAUUGCAAUGCAAUAGAGCUGUGGAGACGAUUACUUGGUCCAACCAGUGUCUACAGGGGGCAGUUCCAGGAUCCAGACAGUUUGAGGAGUUUAUUUGGUAUUUCUGACACUAGGAAUGUCGCUCAUGGUUCAGAUUCUCCAUCAUCAGCAGAGAGAGAAAUUAAGUUUUUCUUCCCUGAGUUUUCAUUCCACGAUUGGCACAACAAUGUUGAACCGCUGUACAGGAAGGGUCCUAUAAUAUUUAAUGAUCAUUUAUUCCAACACGUUAGAAAACUAUAGCACAAUUUAAAACUUAUUAAUAGAAACUACCGGUGGUCUAGCGGUUUAGACACCUUACCUCAUCAUCGCUGUUUCGAUUCCUCAUACAGUACAAAUUCGAUUU